UCCCAUUAAAUGCCAGGACACUGUUAGAGAGGCCUGAUUAGGUUGCUAAGGAAGUUAGAAGACUUCCUAAGUGUCGGGAAGACUGGAGAAAAGCCUCCCAAGCCAGAAUCAAAGCCUGGGAGGCAGGGGCAUGGCCAGGAUUCUGGCAAGGAACAGAGGCUGUUUGUGUUCCAAUACCGAGUCCUUCACCACACUCCUAGUGAAGCUGGCCUUGUACGCCUGAGCUGAGCUGGCGCUGCCCAGCUGGGGACUGCCCCUCAUGCUGGAGGCGAUGGGGUCCUCACUCGUUCAGCAGCCCCAGUGGUGACCUGUGACCGCCCAGAAGGGGAGUGCUGUGGUCUUUGGAAGCCCGGGGGUGGGGGCUGUCAUUUUGACACCUUCCCCAUUCCCCCGGAGGGGCGAGAAGACCCUCCCGGAGCCAGAGAUGGCCAAAAACCCAUGCAGCCAGAGGGUCUCUCCGGGGAGGCAUAGGAUGGGAGGGCCGUAAUGGCUGGGGGUGCUCUGGCAGGGCGAAACCGCAAUGAUCUGCGCGCCGCCUCUCCCCCCACCUACCCACCCAGGGGCCCGGAGCUCCUCCCAGCUUUUCUGGGAGCGGAUGGGGGUCCGAGCGGCCAAAGCGAGUCCCGGGGGAGGGGCGGGCCGAGGUGCAGCGCCUGGAACAAAGACCCACUCAGGGGUCCUGGUGAGCGCGGCUCCCCGGGGACGGGGGCGGGCCCCCUCCAUCAUCAGUUCCUCCUUCUCCGCCCCUUCUUCCACUCGGAGGCCCAGCGGGCGCGCAGCCUGGGCUGCGCCAACUUCACCACCAGUUCCCAAGUUGCCGGGCGCUCAGGGGUGGGAGCUGGGUGGGCUGAGGAAGAGGAGGAGGGCUCCCCAAGCGCCUUGGACGCCGUUCAGGAAUCCGCCGCCGCCGCGGGCCGCUCGUCGGCCCGGGCCCGAGCGGGGAGGGCGCCAGGCAGGACCGCUCGCUCGCUCGCUUGCUGCGCAGGACGUCGCCCGCCUGGCGCCGCUUCCCGCCCGGCGUGCGAACCCGCGGGGCCGCGCCUCCCACCCACCCACCCACCCACCCAGCCGCCACUGCCGCUGCCCGCGGGGAGGGCGCAAAUCCCAGGUCGUGAGGGAUCUGGAGCCCCAGAGCUGCUUCUGCCGGGUUCUGCAAGAAAGGAGAGCAAAGUUGCUAGUGGAUUCUGCCCGCGCCGGACCCAGCCGCGAAGAGUGGGAUCCGCCCCCGCCGGAGGAGGCUUGGCGGCCGGAGUCUCAGACAAACUGAAACAGAUCCCACAAUCCCUGGUAGAUGCCAACAGCACCGACCCAGCCCUGGUCUUGGCUGAGAAUGCAUCCCUCUUGUCCCUGAGUGAGCUUGAUUCAGCCUUCACGCAGCUGCAGAGCCGCCUACGAAACCUCAGUCUGCAGCUGGGUGUGGAGCCAGCGGAGGAGGCCGAGCCGGACGAAGAGGGGGAUCAGGAGCAACCACCGCGACCCUCUGAGUCCCCGCCCCGGCGCCACGUACUCCUCAUGGCCACCACCCGCACCGGCUCCUCGUUCGUGGGCGAGUUCUUCAACCAGCAGGGAAACAUCUUCUACCUCUUCGAGCCGCUGUGGCACAUCGAGCGCACGGUGUCCUUCGAGCCAGGAGGUGCCAAUGCCGCGGGCUCCGCCCUCGUCUACCGUGACGUGCUCAAGCAGCUCUUCCUGUGCGACCUGUACGUCCUGGAGCAUUUCAUCAACCCCCUGCCCGAGGACCACCUGACCCAGUUCAUGUUCCGCCGGGGCUCCAGCCGCUCCCUCUGCGAGGACCCGGUCUGCACACCCUUCGUCAAAAAGGUCUUUGAGAAGUACCACUGCAAGAACCGCCGCUGUGGUCCCCUCAACGUGACGCUGGCCGCCGAGGCCUGCCGCCGCAAGGAGCACAUGGCGCUCAAGGCCGUCCGCAUCCGGCAGCUGGAGUUCCUGCAGCCGCUGGCCGAGGACCCCCGGCUGGACCUGCGUGUCAUCCAGCUGGUGCGCGACCCCCGGGCCGUGCUGGCCUCCCGCAUGGUGGCCUUCGCCGGCAAGUACGAGACCUGGAAGAAGUGGCUGGCCGAGGGCCAGGACCAGCUGAGAGAAGAGGAGGUGCAGCGGCUCAGGGGCAACUGUGAGAGCAUCCGCCUAUCGGCCGAGCUGGGCCUAAGGCAGCCGGCCUGGCUGCAGGACCGCUACAUGCUGGUGCGCUACGAGGACGUGGCGCGCAGGCCCCUGCAGAAGGCCCGCGAGAUGUACCGCUUUGCAGGCAUCCCCCUGACCCCGCAGGUGGAGGACUGGAUCCAAAAGAACACACAGGCGGCCCGCGAUAGCAGCGGCAUCUACUCCACCCAGAAGAACUCCUCGGAGCAGUUCGAGAAGUGGCGCUUCACCAUGCCCUUCAAGCUGGCUCAGGUGGUGCAGGCCGCCUGCGGCCCCGCCAUGCACCUCUUCGGCUACAAGUUGGCGCGGGAUGCCACCUCCCUCACCAACCGCUCUGUUAGCCUGCUGGAGGAGCGUGGAACCUUCUGGGUCACGUAAGGGACCUGGGGCCACUGUGCACCCCUCCUCAGGAAAGCCCCGCCCUGCCUUCCUCACACCCAGGGCCAGCGGUGAGACAGCGCACGUGCAAGGGCCGGCCGGAAGCCUGGCAGUGAGCUGGCACCCCUCCGCUGUAGAAAUAGACCCAAGCCAGCUAGCAUUCCCACUGCAACCGUGGGCCCAGGGCAUCUUGCUGGGAACAGGGCAGUGCCCGGUCCCCUUAAGGGUCGGCAAACCCAGACCCCAGGGCCUGAGGUCUGAGCCUGCCCACACAGGCCCGGACCUAUUGACGAGUCUUUCAUUUGCUCUCUCCCGCGCACACGGGCGCACACACACAAAACACAUAAAUGCCCCUAGACCCUGUGGGCCAGAGUCCAAAUACUUAACAACCAGAAGGGGCUGUGGGCACUGACCAGUCGUAGUUGGACCUCCUGCUGUAGUCAGUGUUAACCUUUCAGUUAUUAGACUUCUACACAAACCAGUGUGGAAUAUGGGUGGGUUGCUGGGAAGGGACCCAAAGUAUCAGAGGAGGACAACUGGGGCUUACUAACCAAGUAUGAUUCAAUAUUUUCGUAAACGGGCUAGCUGUGCUGGUUAGUGAUGAAAUCAGCCCUAUAGCACCCAUAUGUAAAGACAAAUGCCUACAUACCACAUAGACAGAAAAACAGAAAAGCUCAAAUCCAUACAAACACACACAUAUAUAGGCAAGCUUUCCCAUUGCUUUAUGAUCACAGGGUUUAUCUGUAUCACACACCUAAAGAGGAGACUUUAAUUACAUGUUAAGAAUUAUUUGGGGAACAGAGGAAGUAAAAACUAUCAUGCAACAUGACCCCAUUCCCAACCAAAUUCGGGACUAAACAGUGGAUACAGAACUGCCAGGUCUGCGGCCUCUGCCCUCCUUGGAUUCUCUUGGCUACCACCUCUGGCCCAAUCACGUCCUUACUGCUGGCAGGCAGGAUGUUUUGAAAUGGCGUGGCCGACCCUCAGAUGACUAUAGCCCAAAGGCUCCGUUCCAGCUCAGCUGGCUGCCUGAGAGCAUGUCCAUAUUUGAAGGCUGCCUCAGGCCUGAUUGGCAGAAGCAGCUGUGGUCCCUAAAGGCAAAAGGCAGCUCACAGGUCCUGCCACUUUCAGCCAAGCCUCAUGUGGGGCAGGGCACAGGAGAAAACACAGAGUGCUCUUGGGGAGAAGUCACAUCAGCAUACCGUCUCCCCUGAAAAGACAGGGGACAGAGGUCAGCCUCACUGUUGGUCACCAUGGUUACAUGGUUAGUGUCUGGAAUUCCUCCUUUAGCUCUGGGAAGAAUAUUGCUCAACUCGGGAUGGGAUGGGUGUUUUCUUUGUUGUUGUUGUUUUUUUAAGUUAUUUAUAGUUUGGUAUCUAAUUUUAUGGCUGUGUUUUUGGUUUUGUUGCUGUAGGAGUGCCACUUAGAACCAGUCUAGGCUUGAGGGGCCAAAGGAGUCUAGGAGGACCAGCAGGGAUCUCUCUGGUUCUUGCUAGAGGGAGAGGAGGAGGUGGGGGCGCCUUCCCCGAGAACUAUCAGUGCCCAGGUGGCCAAGUGGGAGCCCUCAGAGCCCCACAGUCUUUUUUGUUUGAACCCAUGUGAAUCUCAGAAACUACCAGCAUUCUUUGCCGCUUUGUGUUCAGAAGCAGCAUAAAUUAGCAGCUCUCACCCCCUCCCCAAAAAGAUGCCAAAUUUGAACAUCUCUCCCAGGGCCAAACACAUUUCCUGGGGGGUGAGGGGCCAGUGACCAAGCAGCAGAUGUCCCCAAAGGAGAAGCAUUUCCCCACUUCCACCCCAAACUGGGAGAGUUCAGUACCACCUCAGAACUUGCAGGGAGCUGCAUCCGCUCACUAAGGGCUGUUUCUGAUUUCCUGGACAACCUCUCUGUCAGAUGUGUCCCAUUGUCAAACCCUGAGGGCUGAGUUUUGGCUUGGAUAAUAAUGACAUGAGAGAAAUACAGGGUCUGAGUCCAGCUGGUGUUGCCCUGGGGAAGGGAGCAGUGUGCCCUGGCUGGAAGCUGCUGUUUGAAAAGGUGAGGACUGUAGCAUCUGUGGGGUCCAUUAUAAUCACCUUAUUUGAGCUGCCGGGUCUCUACCACCAUGGACGUCAACCAUUCAAGGAGGUCUCCGUUCCAGGUUUUACGAUCCAAGAAUAAGUUGGGCAAGGAGCAGACUCCAAUUUAGGGUCCAAGUGACUCCAGCUCUGAGAACUUGGGGCAGAAUGGGGCCAGGAUGUUUCUGGCAGGCCCAGAAGUGCUGGCCGUUUUUUUUUCCUGGCCCCACCCUGCUCCCUGCACUGUUCCCCACCUCGGGUGGUAGGGCAGGCACCUCCAUCCGUGGCUCUUCCUGGGGCCCUCCCAGUGUGGAUAGCAAACUUCUUCUUUCCUAUGCCUCUGGGGCCAAGACCUCCACCCUUGAGCUCUGAGGACAGUACUGGGAAUGGACCUUUGGGACUUCGUAAGACAGUGACAAUUUGUACACUGCAAGCUGACUUUAUUUAUUUAUUUUGUGAAAAUGAAGAGACAGAAAAUACCUUUACUAUUUGCAGGGACUCAAAGCUGUGCCCAAAUCAAGAAAGAAAAUAAUAAUAGAAACCAUUCACUCACUCCACACACAAGGACACUGGAAGAUAAUUCAGAAUACAAGAGAGGAUCAAGCCAAGAGUACAGGAGUCACGAUGGCCCCAGGCCAUUGUUUAAGGAGAUACCUUGGUUUUCUCUUGGCAAUUUGAAAAUGCAACAUUUAAGUCCCUUUUUGCUGAAUUGCCUUUGCCCAAGUAUCUGACACAACUCAAAUGAAUGCUGCCUUGAGGCUCAGCAAUGUCUGGAGAGCCUUGGGGUUUGGAGAAGAACAGGGUGGGGGUAACUAAUGACUUUAUCACUGCAGGACCUGAAGUUAUGCCUUUGGGGUUCUCCACUUGGAGCUGGGCUUGGGUAGGUGAUCUACCCGGGGACUUGGGCUCCUCUUCCGGAGAGGCCAGCCCUGGUUCCUCUGCUCCUGAUGGCUCCCCCAGGAGCCUUCCCCUCCACAGCAUCCACCUGCCUAGACAUGGAGCAGCUGAGGUCUUACCUCUGCUGGCUGCCAGCUACCCCAGAACAAGAGGCCUUUUCAGCAAUGAGUGUUUACUCAUUUUCUUUUUCUUGAUGAAGACCUCUUUAGUCUGGCCUAUAUAAAUAGUUCAGAACAUUCCAGGCCUUGGUGAGACAGGGCCAUGUCUAACAACCACAGGCUGUCUCCUCUGCUGCCCAUUCCUGGCUUCUCCUCUGGACCUUGUUUGUAAACCUUGCAGUGGCUGUGGGCACUGGGAGGAGGGUCUUUGUUAGUAGUCGAUGGGGGCAGGAUUCCCGAGCCCCACAGAGAGGGGAGAAGCAGCAGAUGUGCAGCUCUGGAGCAUAGCCCCUGCACGUUAUCCCCGAGUUGUUACUGAGGUUAAGAGACAUGAGCAAAAUUUCAGCCUUUUGGCCCUUUAUGUGAUGCACAUACCUGAAAACAACUAAAUGAACAGAAAAAAAGUUUAAUGAAGGGUUUAUUGUCUGUCUGCGAGCACUCUCAGCCUGCUACUGCUGGAAGCUGGUCUAAUGGGGCAGACACUGAUCCAACCCCAAGAGCAGAGGGUUCCCCCCCCCAUUACAGUGGCAUCUUUCUCUGCCACCUUUGCCAUCUGUGCACUGAUGAGAUGAGUCCCAGAAGAUAGAAUGCUGGCCUAGACAGCAGGCAGGGAGAGCAUCAGAUGGCCUGGUCCUCAGCCUGAAGUUCCCUUCUGGCCCUGGGUGUCCCUCUCCCACACUGGGGCCUGCUGUGAUUGACUGUAGGACCUGUCCCUUGAUAGGCCCUGGAUUAUGAAAGCCUAUCAUUAUGAAGCACAAGACAGAAUGGCCGCGUCCCCAAGGCAGUCACUUCCACUUCAUCUGCAAAGGCAGCCCCCAGGGGUACGGAUUCCUGAGGCAGGGAGAGAGUGGUGGGGGAGAGAUGUCUGCAGAAGCCAAGCAGGGCUUGUUGACUCAUACAAACUGAAAGGAGCAUCCACUGAAAUCAGGAGGCAUAUGUUGGUGGGGCUGCUUGUGGAAAUUUCUAGGAUAUGGUCUAGCUAGACGUCAGAGAGAAGACCAGGGUUUCCUAAAUGGAGUCACAUUGCCCCUCAACUGCCCUGGGUUUCAGGAAUCAUGGAAGCUGCUCUUUACCUCAAAAGGAUGAAGCAGAAUUGGCAACUUCACGUGACUUUAGAGCUUCAAGAUCAUUUAGUCUUGUGACCUUUGUCUGCCUGAGGGAUAAAUUAGUUAUGUUUUCAAGGAUACAGAAGGUGCCAUCCUCAUGGGCGUAGCUCAUAUCAUAACCAGGUAUUUUACUGGGGAAAGAAAAUGACUCAUGUACCCUGCUUCCUUUAACAUUGGACUUGAACUGGGGGCCCCCUGAAGUCUCCACCUCAUCUGUAUGUUCUAGGCCAAGUUUGCCUGGUCCAUGGCUUCCUCCUGGAUCCUGGAAACUGUCUUUUUGCCAAGACUCAGCCCGGUGUCAUGUCUCAUGCCACAUGGUAUGGCACAUUCACUUCGUGGCCAUGCAUGGCCAUGGUGUGUACAUGUGUCCACAGUGUGUAUGUGUAGCAUACAGCUCAUUCUGCUCGGCCACGUAGCUCCAGGCCCCCUUGCCAUCAAUGUCACAGCUGUCCUUGCCAUGCCCUUCCCUCUGCCAUUCCUGGAAACGCAGGGGCUACCCUUUAGAGAGCUGGCAGUCACCACCAGUCAGGGUCUGCUUUUUGGAACAGAAUGUGAACCCAUCACUUGAAGGCUUACUUAUUAAAAUGAAAACAUGCAAUGAGCAAAUCUGAAGUGUGUCUCUUUCUUUUGCAUUUGUUCUUAGCAACAAUCAUAAAAAUUAAAGGAAACAAAAAUCAGCCGUAGGAAAGGCAGGGCCUACAUGCAGCAGGGAAACCCCACCCACUCCUCAGGAGUGAAAGGCACCCCGGAAGCAUGGCUAAGUGCAGGCAGCGUGCUGAUGUCUGUCAUGUCACCAGGAUAGCAGAACCUGUGGUGACUGCUUGGAGGCGGCUGCACAAACAAAGUCUGAGAUAAAUGCCCAGGCAUCAUGGAGCAGGAUCAAGAACCCUGGCUAGAGGUUCCGGGGGCCUGGGACAAGUCCCAGCUUUACUGGUCUCUGGCCCUGAGAUCUUGGACAAGUCACUUCCCUUGUUUGGGCCCCAGUUUCCUUUAGAAUGAGGGUAUAGCCAGUGGUUUACAACCAUUGUCCCAAAAACCUUGAAUUAAAAAUUCAAAAGUUAGCUCUCACCCAGAGCAACUGUGCAUUGAUCUAUUUCACAUGUUGAAAUAGUGCCUAAGAUAUCAUUUGGCCUUCAACAAAAUCUCAAAAACAACAUGAGGUUGCUAAGGACUCAUUCAGCUAAGAAAUUUAAUGGAAUCCUUUAAAAUUGCAAUUACAUUGCUCUACCAGUCAUAAUAACUUUAGUUAUGAUUAUUAUUAAUAAAUUAUUAACUACAUAAUAAUAAUAUGCAAAUUAGAUUGAAGCCCUUUUGUCUCCUAAUAGCCACCAGGAGAGAAUGGUAGUUCCCCAGAGAGAUGGGAGAAGGUUCAUUUGGAACUAGGUAAGACAGAGCGGGUGGAGCUUUGUGGAUGUGUGGCAAUGGGGGACACAGGAACAGCAACCAUGAAGAGGCAGGGAAGAGCUGAGCACUGGGGACAGUGGCCCCAUUGGAGUGCCAGUGGGGUGGGGGUGUGGCGAUGGUAAGGCAUGAUAUGGGGUUGGGACCCUGCCCCAAAACACAGACUUGUAUCUCUGCCAUUUUUCCAAGGCCUUGGAAACUCAAAUCAUUUUCCUCUCAACCCUAAAAAUAUAAGAGUCAAUACAAUGACCUCCCAACCUGCGUGGAAGCUCGCCACCCCGCCCAGCCAGGUGACAGUGCUGUCUCCACUCUUUCAGGGACUGGAUAUAUUUAGUUUUAUUUCUAGGCUGUGUUUCCAACCACAAAUGACCCCCUGGAAAAACAUAUUGCCCUAAUUAUAGAGCAGAAACGCCUGGAGACCUCCCCACCCACUCUCCCCCUCAGCCACCAGCCCAGGCCAGAGCCAUCUUUCCUGUUCCCUCCCAGUCCUCUUUGGGCUCCUGAGUCUUCAUCCAGUAUACCCCAAGUUAUCCAACCCUGGGAAGGAGACAAACCCCCCACGGGGGCUCUAAGGGAGUGCCAUCGGCUGGAUCCAUCUCAGAAGUGGUUUGAUCAGCAGCAGGGGACUGGGCCCUGUGCCAUUUGCUCAUGGAGAUCUGCCAGGCAGGCCCAGAACUCAAGUCUCCAGCAACAUGUCCCCAAGUGUGUUUGGAGGAACUGUUUGACCACCUCACUGCUCUUAGGAAUUUACAGUACACAUCAGCAUGUUAAAGGCUCUGAGAAGUACUGCAUUCUUUUGACCCAGCUUACCAAGCCUCGCUCAUAACUAUUUUUAUGGGUGAUACUCUUUCAUUGUGAAAACAUUUUUUUUUUUUUUUGGCCAAACAACAUUUUCAAGACUAUGGCAUUCUACAGAACAAUUUGUAGCUAUCAGAAACCUGCAUGUGUAAGUAAAUCUGACUACAAGUCACAAGAAGGUGAUAGUGAAGAGGCUGGGGAGAAGCCCAGGGUCAGGGUUCAGGGCCCCAUUCCCACAGAACUGCAGGGCAGGACAAGAGUUGGCCUGUGGAGAUGGCAGCAGCCUCAGGAUCCCCGUGGGUCACAGUUUACAGCCCCAAGGCAUCUGUGCUGCUGUCAUAAAACCUGGUUGCCUGAAACCCUUGGUCCUUGGCUUCCUCAACUCAACCCACACCUGGAAUACCUCUGUGGCAUUACCUCAAAGAUGUAGUGACCCCCAAAGGGAGUGGAGAUCCUGGGGAACCAGGCCAAGCAUAACACCACAGGAUACUAUUGAUCUGAGAAACUGGAGUUUGGGGGUGAUUCCUAAAGGAGCCAAUUCUGAAACAGCAGGACAUAGGUUACCUACAGUAAACACGUUCCCUGGAGAUGUAAUUCUCUAAUAGCUAGUAAACCCUGUGCUAAAUGCUGCUCUGCAGUUUACUGGAAGAACAAGCGAGUAGUAAAGGCUCAGCAGGAUAAGCUUGCCCAGGAAAGUCAGAAUGAGAGAACAAAGGGAGGGAGGCGGGGAGAGGGAGAGUGACACCAAGGAGGUGGCACUCUCACGAGGGUGGCGGAGGAGGACAGCCAAGGUGCUGAAAAGCAUACCCCAGAGGAUUGCCACGGCGUCCAAGAAUUAGGGGUUGUGCAAGGUCAGGCCAGGCCCACGUGCACACAUAGCCCUGCAUACCUCUGGCCAUAGCCCAAAUCUACCCUGUGGAUGUGUGGCCCACUCAGCGUCUGGUUUUGUUUCUGACAAUUGGCAUCAGAGGCCAACACUUAAAAAUUAAGGAGUUUGAUAUAAAAACCAAAUUCUGCUUCAUCUUGAAAAUCAGUGUCUUGGUUUGAACUAUAAUUAAAGUUGAUGCUGAGACCAGGGUUUGAGAGCAAAGGGCUUAUGUGGGAGCUGCAGACAGCCCAGCAGGGGAGAAGCGGAGGGAGACAGCCAGCAAAGGGCACCCUGUUAAGCCAGCUGCCACCUUGGGCAAUUGGAGCAGAAUCUCUCCAGGAAACAGUAUCAGGCUCCUGCCUUGGUAUUAUCCCACCUGAGCAAGGGGUGAGGUGAGUCCACGUGGACUAUUCCUACACCAACCCUUGUCAGCUUUUGGCUGAAGGCUGCUCUUGGUGAGUAUUAAUUCCCCAGCACAGCCCUGCUAGAGCAGCAUUCCAGAAUUCUGGAAAAGGCUGUCAGUCCCAGAGACGAAGAUACAGGCAAAUGGAAGUUUCCAGAGCACUGUGC